CUGACUUUCAAUGGCAGCUCUGGCGUUUAUAGUAUGAAUUGAUUUCGAAAAUGGAUUAUGCCAAACUUAGUAGCUAUCGACACGCUGAUCCGUUAAAAGUACGUCAAGUUUGGGAUGCCUUCGGUUUACUUAAAUCCCAUCGACCAGCGGUACCAGCAGAUAAAAUUAGCAAAAUUCUUCGCAAAACGUUAGCUCUAAAAGAUGAUCAGAUAAGGUUACUGCUUGAUGAAAUCGAAGGAGAUGGACUGAUUGAAAAAAUUGAACCUUCAUUCGGUAAAAAUGGUAUGGUUCGUUACCAGCUUCCUGACUUUUCAAAACGGCUUCCGAGAAGUAAACAUGAUUGGUAUUGCUUCCAGUGCCACAGACCUGGUGAAGUGUUAAGAUGUCUCGAUUGUUUCCGUGUGUACCAUUCUGAUUGUGUGCAAGAAGCAUCUGGUCCUAAUAGUCCAUCAAGAAAGUCUAUGCGUUCGCCGACCCUUCAUGAUGGGCAGGAAGAUAAUUUUACGUGUCCUGUGUGCGAAUCUAGACCAAAAUGUGAAUUCUCCCGUAAACAGAUAAGAAAACUUUUGGAAUUCGCAACUCAUCAUUUGAGGAAGCAGCCAUUGUGGAAAACAUUUAUUCAAGUCGGUUAUAAGGGUGAAAUAACAAAAAAUGAGUACCUAGUGUAUAAGUACACUGAUCUAGAGUUAUUGCAACGCAAGAUAAAAGAUGGUCGGUAUGCUGCUCUAGAGGAAUUCUCCAUGGAUGUGCAGUUGCUUGUUCAUGAUGUCUGCAUUCUCCAUGGUCCUUAUAGUAAUCAGGCUGAUGAGAUACGAUUUUUCUUUCGAUCUGUUAACGCGGAAUUAAACGAAAUCCAACUAUGUACUGACUGUUAUAUCAAUGCUAAGGCUCGUGUUACGGAUUGGAUUAGCAAACCCUGCAAGCCACGCCAUGAACUGAUAUGGGCACGCAAUCGCACAUCAUCAGGCGCUGGCCUGUUUAACGACACUUCGGUCUCUCAAUUCUAUUGGCCUGCAAAAGUUUUGUUGGAGCGUGAUGAUGGAUAUGAAAUACGCUUCUUCGGAGGUUCGCAUGAGCGAAUGUUCGUCAAAAAAGCCCACACUCGUGCUUUUCACCUUCCAGCUGAUGAAGUUGGUGUGCUUCGACGCUCAAAUGCUACAGGUGCCAUCCCAGGUGGAGGAUUUGAACGAGCUUGGAAUGAGGUCAGUAAAUUACAAGCAAACAUAGACAGCGGAUAUUAUACGCAUUCUUCUGGUGAAAGUGACCUCCCCCCGUCUGACGAUGAUUACUCAGACGAAAUGUAUCUUGGUCCGCGACGCAAAACUUUCAGUCAGAACCAACGUUCACAUCGUGCAGAUAGUCCCAGAUCGUCGCUUACUUCUGGUAAUACCAAAGUGAAUAAAAGAAGACGUCACUCAUCUUCAAGUAGUCAUCAAACAUCUACCAGUGAUACUCCUAUCGGUUCACCCAUUCGUGAUGUCUCACCAUGUACUCAUGAUGGCAAACACUUCAGAACCCAUGGUCUCUUGCUUAAUUCACAUACUAAUCCUACUGACAAAAAAUUGGCGAGUAAUCGUCUUCCGAUGCCAGCUGUUCAGCCAGGUACUCCAGGCGCUGCAGCUAUAUCCGCCUUAGCAGAAACGAAAGCAGCUAUGGCGGCUGCAGUUGGGUCUGGUCGCAGGCCGGCUGGAUCAUUUACUGCUGACCUCUUAUCUUUAACUCACCGUGAACAUGAUAAACCUUAUCGUAAACAAUCAAAAGAAAAUCAUUCAAAUGUUCCUAUUCGUGGUCAGCGGGGUCGGGGACGACCCCCUCUUCGAGAUAACAAAGGAAGGCCUAUUCGGCGGCGCAAGUAUCAAAGUUCAUCUUCGUCACCCCAUUCGUCAGAUAGCCCAUCUUCGUCUAUUUCAUCAGAUUCCUUAUCAGAAGCAGAUGUUCCUCUCUCCGCAAACAAUGGUCCUCAAAACAACUGGUGUUCUAAUUCUUCCACGGAUUGGAAAAGUAAGAAAACUGAAAUGCCACGUCGUGGACGUCCACCUAAAUCUAGAGGUCGUGUAAAAGCUGUUAAUGAUGUUGGUCGUCCUAAUUGGUGUUCACCAACAGCUGAAAGUUCAGAUGCUGAAGGUAAUUCGGAACUAUGGACAAAAUCGGCUUCUUCAAGUGCCAUAAAACCUAGUCCAACCCGAGGACGACCGAAAUUAUCUGCCUCCUUAAAUCACUCUUUUAAUCGUAUUGAAGAUGCUAAAAGAAAGCGGUUAACUACUCCAAGUAAAAAUUCUAUUCAAGAUACAGUGAAUUCUGGGGGUAAACGUUCUAAAAGAUGUUCCAAACAAAUGGAUAGUUUUGGUAAUGUUCGAGAUGAAGAUGAUGAACUGACAGACCGCUGUGAUUCGCCUGUUAAAAACGACAGUCAAAAUUCAAGACAUUCAAAUAACCAUCGUUGGCAUUCGCAUCAUUCAUCAAGUGUUUACAACACAGGUACACCUGUUUCUCCAUUGAGAAAAUCUGGAGUUAAUGAUUCCAGUAUUCAUCGAACAUCACCAUCUAAAAAAGCAUCUAAUGCUAAGCAGCUUUCCUCACAUUCUAGUAAUUAUAGUACAUGCUCUUCACCCUCUUCUUCUGAUGUCAAUGACAACGAUGAAAGUGGACGCAGACAUCGUAAUAUUGUCAAAGUUGAUGAUGAAGAUGAUGACUGUAGAUUCCGUAGUCCAACUCGCAGUGGUUCAAGUAACAAAGAUAGAACAUCUGGAGCAAGCAGUACUAUGUUACGUCGACCACCGUUCGCUCCUCCUUUGAAUACAUCUGGGUCCACUAAUAAUUCAAAUGCCGCUAAUGAUCGGAAUAGUCUAUCUACUGUUACAAACUUAUUUCCUCAUACUGGUCAAAAUCUUUUUUCUCCAUGCAAUGAUUCGGUUACUACAAUGAAUUCUUCAGUGAAUUCAGGAACUUCAUCCACUAAUAACAGGCUAAGUGGUUCAAUUCAUCCCACUGCAGCUAAUGCUAAUCUCCCUUCACAUUUCGUAUCUCCAGGUGCCUUGUCUAACAAUGCAAACAAUGUUGUCACCACUCCAGGAAUGUCUACUCUUCCACGUUCUCAUUUGCCGCCAAAUAAACGUGCUGCUGCUGCAGCUACAGCAGCAGCUCUAAACAGGGACUCAGUUGGAGGGGUAAGUGACAGUUCAGGUGAAACGAAUCAACGUCAAGCUUCAGUGAGAAGUCCUGAAAUUUCUGUGGCAUCGUCGCCGAGAAAACAACUUCAUAAGGGAAUUCAGACCCCAGCCAGUAUGGAAAUACCGAUAUCAUCUCAACAACCAUGUUCACAGUGUAAAGAACGUGAAGCUGAACGGUUGACCGCAGCUAAUGAGACCAAAAAAGCUUUGCGAGAACUUGAAGAGAAACUUGUAACUCAAUUUAAGGAAGAGAAAGCCGCUGCUUUGCAUGCAGCUCUUGAACAAGCUCAAGCCAGUGCUCGUGAAGCUAUUGAACAUGAACGUAAAUUGGCACAUGAUACUUUGGAAGCUGCUGAGGCAAGAUUUGCAGAAGUUAUUGUUCAGACUAAACGUCGACAAUGGUGUCGUAAUUGUCUUAUGGAGGCUAUCUAUCAUUGUUGUUGGAAUACGUCCUAUUGUAGUACCCAAUGUCAACAGGAGCAUUGGCAAAAAGAACAUAAACGUCAGUGUCGUAGGAAACGAUGAUUUUUACUCAUAUGAAUAUCUUUUAUAUAUAAUUUUUUCCUGUAUAUAUUCUUGUUAUCAUUUGUGUACAUUACUUUUGCCCUUGGCAUAUUUAUAAUUGCUGAUUACGCUAUAUCAAUAAUUGUUUUAUUAUUCAGUUUCUGUCUAUUUGUUUUUCACAAUCAUGGAUAGUCAUUGCGCUUUUUAGUCGAUUUCCCCAACUUACCACCUAAAAGAGCAAAAGCAUUUCAAUAAUUUUUCACUUCAAAUCCUUCUAUUUCCUACAGUUUAUAUGUGUUUGUGUAUAGGCAGCUGUUUUUUUUCCCAAUUAUCUUUUCUUUCGGCAAACAGAUCAGUUAAAUCGUAAUAAUCCAUCUUAAAAAUAAAAUCUCACAUAGCAUAUUAACAUAUUAAUACUUGUGUGUGAGUGUGUGUCUAUGAUGUAUUUUCAAUUUACUUUCUCUCUUCUAACUUGUGUUUAUUUAACUGUAGUCUAAUUGUGACUGAUUUUUAUUCUUGUACUAUAGACUUUUUAAUUUCUUUUCUUGUUAAAUUACAUUUAUUUAUUUAAAUACGACUUCUCAUCUGUUGUACAGUACUAUCCUAUCACUCAUUUGCAUACGAUCAAUGUGUUAAAUACACCUAUUUUCAAUGACCUUCUAUUAAUAUACAGCACUGAUAUACGUCAAAUACUACUACAAUACGGUUUUCAAGAGUUUUUCUAAUAAUUAAAAAUCAUUGUCUUAAUUGCUGAACUUUUCAUGCUUUAUUCAAUAUGAAUUGAAUUAUUUCUGUUUCGAAAUUGCACUUUCCUACAACUUUUAACGCGCAUCGUAUAUUGUAUUGUUCACUUCUGAUAAACUGGUGUUUCACAUCUUAUACAAAUAUACAUGCAUAUUAUUC